UAGUAGUAUAUAAGGAAAAAGAAAAGGAAAAACAAAAAAAAAAGAAGAGAAUGGAGAAAUGUCAAACGAAAGUACCGAGACUAGAAUUCGUUCGUAUUCGCCAAUUCGUGUUUAUGUGUGUGCGCGUAUCCUUACACACGCACACAUGUGCACUCCUCUUGCACCUGGUGCCGGUUUUCGAUUGCACAAAAUGUCGAUAUUGCUGCGUAUGUAGUAUGUAGCACUCGACGAUGCCCCGCUCUGAUGGACGAAAACAGAUAGCCAAACUUGCUCAACUUCUCAAUGUUAUCGACACGGUGUACCGUACAAAACGACCCACAAAACGACUAACGGUAACAAGUUACUCUUGAAAAGUAAUUUCCCUGUAACGCUGAAAAAAUAUGCACGGCGAUGGAGACGUGCGUCAAGUGCACGCGCAUCUCGCCGAACAUGUAAUUCUUUUCCGUUCGUCACCCUACGUGUCGUCCUCCACUCGACUGUAUAAAAGCUAGGUCCGCCGCUGUGAUCCGCAGUCGCUGAUUAUCUUUCAACUCUCACGUUCGGCCUCGCGCAAAGAUACCGCGCGCAGCGUCGUUUUACAUAUUCUUGUACUUUUACGUCGAUGCGAUGAAGGAAUUUCUCUUGGUCUCGUUGGUCUCGCUGAUCGCCCUGGCCGUCGCUGCCGAGAAAUAUCCUGAGAAAUAUGACAACGUGGACGUGGAUAGAAUCCUGCAGAACAAUCGUGUCCUCACCAAUUAUAUCCGAUGCCUGAUGGACGAAGGGCCCUGCACCGCCGAAGGCCGCGAACUGAGAAAGACAUUGCCGGAUGCUCUGUCGACUGGUUGCAGCAAGUGCAACGAUAAACAAAAGGCUACAGCGGAGAACGUGAUAAAUCAUCUUAAAAUGAAGCGAUCCAAGGAUUGGGAUCGACUAAUCUCCAAAUACGAUCCGAAUGGCGAAUAUAGAGAGCGCUUCGAGCGUUCGUAAUACUUUAUACAUUACAUGUGUUAAUAUAGUCGCUUCAUUUUCUUUAACGCGUGAAACAAUUGUUGCGUGAACUAUAACUUGUUGAAGUAUACACCACUGCGCGAAAUAUCGUUGAUUUUAUGACGCAAUUGCUUAUUCGAGCGCAAUUCGAUCGGCUGUAAGAAUGCAAUGUUGACAAACGUUUCGUUUUCAUCAGUUUUCUGCAGAGUCAACAUUCCUCGUGAAUGCGAUCCUAUUUCG